AUGGCGAACAUGCAGAUAGUUCCAGCAGGCAGAAAUGUGAAUGUAGAGCCUCAGUAUGUGGAAAUGAUGGUUCCUCUAUACUCUUAUGGUUGUGAGAGAAAAAUCAACAAUGCUCUUUCCCAUAUCAAAGGAAUAUAUUCAGUGAAUGUAGAUUUUGAACAACAAAAGGUGACAGUAUGGGGAAUCUGCAACAAGUAUGAUGUGUUAGCUAGAGUUAGGAGCAAAAGAAAAGCGGCUCGUUUUUGGAAUACAGAAGACAACAACGUUAACAUGGAAGAAUAUUCAGAAAGAGAUUCAUCAGCAACUUGUCGUUAUCGAAUUAGGCCGCCUUUAGCCCUCAUAAGGGCUCGAUCUCUAAGCUGGAAAUUAGCUUUAAAAAAGGCCUUCACAAGAUCAUAUUCAUUCUAAUUAAAAUA